UAAUAAGUCUCUGUGAAACAUUGUCACGGGCUGUGUAUGCCUCCACCUUAACCCAACUGCGGAUUUCAGACAGUACCUGUCGACGCGAUGGCAGCUUUCGUCUUCAUCUCGGUAAUCUUCAGUGUAUUUUUAUGCCCUGGAGACUCCAGAUUUAUCCGUGAGCCUGUCACCCCGAACAGGGACAUCACACAGGAGUCAUUGACAUCAGACAUCUGCUCAGAAUGCAGCCAGAUCGCAGAGGUAUUCACAGACAUGAUCUCCAACAAUGAUACUCAGGAAGUGAUACUUGAAACCCUGGAGGUUCUAUGUAAACAUAUCCCUGAAGAACACAAAAGAAACUGUGAAUUACAGUUGGAAAAACAUUUGCCGAAAGUCCUGCAAUAUAUCACUGGUCACUCGAAGCCAGGUGAGGCCUGUAUGGCCUUGGGACUCUGCUCUGUCCACUCAGAGAGGGGACAGCUGAAAUCUCCCCAAACUGACACUGAUAUAGAUGAAUCCAGCUCUGUGUUCGACACAAGCACCAGCACACAGAUCAGCCCACAAUGCACGCUAUGUCUGUUUAUCAUCAAGACUCUCGAGAACUUGUUGCCUAAAAACACAACUGAGGAUACUAUAGUCAAGCUUAUGGGAAAGGUGUGUGGUCUUCUACCUGACAGCUAUGAGGACCAGUGUGAUAAUUUCAUCAACAAAUACGGCAAGAAGAUCAUUGACUUCCUCUUAUCAUCAGCUGCACCUCACUCAAUCUGUACCCUGCUGCAGCUGUGUUUGUUCAAGGACACAUCUAAUGCAGUGAUACUCCCUCACUCUGACUGUCAGUCAUGCCGUAUGCUGGCUGUUCUUAUCAGAGUCCACAUUGGUCUCAACUCCACUGGAUCUCCAAGCUCAACUUUCCUCCAGUCUGUCUGCCACCAUCACCCCAAUGCCAUUCCUAAGUGUGAGGUAUUUAUGAAGCUCUAUGGCUCCAGGCUGCAGAGGGUUUUGGGGAACCAGCUGGAUGCACCAGAUGUUUGUGAGAGAGUUGAUCUGUGUCAUGCCAUGGAGACUCUGGGAAAGGACCACUGUACCUUGGGACCAAACUAUUGGUGCAGAGAUAUGAAGACUGCUCAGAAGUGUGGUAAUAAGGUGUUCUGUGAGAAAUACAUCUGGAACUAGAGUGGAAACCAACGUCCUACCAGACUGACUGAAGCGCUGAAGGGGUCUCUUAAAAAAAUAAAAACCUUCCUUUUUACAAAUGAGGUGCAAUUAUAUUUCAGUAAACCUUUUUUUAUACAUACUGCCAAAGUUGAACACUUCCUAUGAUCAACGUUAAGUCUUGUGAGCAGUUUAUUAUGUAUAUUAGCAUAACGAUAUAAGUGACUAUCAAAAUCAAAGUUUGGUUCUUACAUUAUUCCAUUGGGUGGGUGCAUUGCAUUAAUGACCAACAUAACUGUAUGUGAAUGUUCUUAUUCAUCCAGGUCAUGGUUAUCCAAAGGAGUUGAAUCAAGUGCUACUGGACUUGGUAUAUAUCCGUGAAGACGUUUCGCCUCUCAUCCAAGAGGCUUCCUCAGUUCGUGCCUUUCUGACUAGACCAAGCUAGAGGAUAAAUUCUGAGUCUCAUCACCAGCCAGUCAGACUAGCUUGGU